AUGAAGAAUAUAUUAACUUUAAAAAAUGGUGAAUUGGAACUAAUAAAAAAUGAUUUGGCUGAAAAAAAUUCAGAAAUAUGCUCCUUAGAAACUAAACUCAAAGAGCUAUUGCCCUGCAAUAGAUUAUCAUCAAAACAAGUCAAAAUCGGAGGUAAGACAGAUAAAAAAAAUAAUGAUAAUAUAUCAGUUAUACAGUCUCCGCCAAAGAAUCUGGACUCUUUAUCUCUUGCAAAAUAUUUUGUACAUAAGCCUAGACCUGAAAGGUCAUUGCUUCGCAAUAAGACAGAAAAUAGUCAAGUAGAUAGAGAUAUCCAAGAAUUUUUGACUCAACAAACUUUAGCCAGUUUAAAUGGACAGGCACGAAGUAGCAUUUCUCCCAAAAUAAACCCAGAGUCAUUGUCAUAUAUUAUAUCUGAGAUAAAGAAUAAUAAUAUACCAAUAAAAGAGAUUGAAGCAUUACCUGUUGUGACAUUAGGUGCUGGCGAAGCUUUGGUUAAUUAUAA